AUGCAGCAGGAAGAGGGAGCAAGCAAGAGAACAUCAGAGGGGCAUCCAGCUCAGCUGCCCACCACUUCUGCCCAUCCAGGAGAAGAGCAUCGCCAGGCAAUCCUUACAACAUCAUGGUGUUCUGUCUUUUCUUCUUCUUUUUCCCUGUCCUCUUUCAAUGCAGUGGAGGCCGACACCUGUGCCAGGGAGUGGCUGCAAAACCAAGGCAACUGUUAUGCAUAUUUUGAUAAUAGGUUGACGUGGCAGGAAGCUGAGACUGAGUGCAAGAGCUAUGGCCGUGGGGCCCAUCUCGCUUCCAUCCUCGCCAGAGCAGAGGCUCUCCUGGUGGCUGAGCACAUCUCCACUUACCAACAAGAACUCAGUGACGUCUGGAUUGGACUCCACGAUGUCCGUUGGACCAGGAAUGGGACUGAUGGAUCCCCUUACAAAUCCUGGAUGAGCUACCAGCCAGACAACGAUGGCAAGAAUGAGCACUGUGUGGAGCUGCGACAAUCCACAGGCUUUCAGCUAUGGAACGACAAUCAGUGCAGCAAACUCAAUGCCUACAUCUGCAAACAGGAGCUCUGA